GGGCGGGAUGCGCGUCGGAGUCGGGGGCGAAAAUGGGGGAAAUUGAGGCUCGCGACACUCGGAGGUCAGGGGCGGGGGAAUUGAGCCGCAGGAACCCCAGAGGAGCAAAAGGAGAGAGUGAAUCAGCAGUCAGCGCAAAGGGGAGAGGGGAAAGUGUAGCACCAAUUGCAUGGAAAGAGAAAAAGGGUAAAUCAAGGCUCAGACUUUCUUCGUUAGAAAGAAAGGAAUAAAGGCAGCAAGAAGGAAAGGAAGAAAAACCGAGGAGUUCUUGAGGGAGGGGGGAGAAGAAAUGUCGGAGGAAGAGCAGGGGAGAGGGAGUCUGAGGGAAUAAGGAAAACCUGAAGGAUAAGAGAGGAAAUGGGAAAUUGAGGGAGAAAAAGUAAAAGCGGGACUGACAGUUUCAUUUGAAGAAACAGGGAGUGUAAGGGAGUGGAUGCCUUGAAAGACAAACAGGAUGAGAACCUGAAGGAAGUGACCGUGUAACGGUUGGACUAUAUUCUUCCUUCCAGGGUGCCUUCUUUCCAGGCUGCUGCCCCCGCAGCUCAGGAAAGGUGGAGUCCCUAUGUGUUCACCCUCAUCUCCCCUUCUGGCCUUCAGGGCCUUGGGAGCAAGUUGUCCCAGCACUGUUAUUUCCAGAGCUACUUCCCAGGGACAGGAGAGCUGCAAGAGAUUCGCUUGUUUUAACUUUACCCCCACCCCUUUUCUUAAAUGAAUAAACUGAGUCUAGAGGAAUUAGUCAUUUACCUUCCACCUAGGUCUGACUCUUCAGCCAUUGUCUUUGCUGUGUCCUUCAGUUGGAUUCUAACUGGAUGUCCUAACUUUCGGCUAGAUUAAACUCCUUUAACACCAGUCCCAUGUAAUCACAUCGGGCUGCCUGGAUUGGAAUCCUGGCCCUUCCACUUCCUAGCUGUUGUCUUGGACAAGUCAACAAGACUGUGCCUUAGUUUCUUCAUCUGCAGAAUAACAGCCCGUGUAUGGUUGUGAGGUACAGAGAAAAAGCUAUGUAAGAGUUGUUUUUAUUAGAAUCUCUGGGAGCCGAGUAAUAAUAGCUAAUGUGUCCUAAGUGUGUUAUGACUUGCUAAGUGUUAUACUCAGUGCUUUACAUGAAUUAUUCAGUUUAAUCCUCCCAGUAACCCUAUGAGGGAGGAACAAUUGCUGUCACUUUGCAAAGAAACUGAGGGUCACAGAAAUUAAGUUUCUUGUCCAUUGUUAGGAAGAGACAGCGCUAGGAUUCCAACCCAUGACUCCAAGGUCUAUACUUUUGUCUCCCAGGCUCUACUGCCUGGCAGAUGGGAUGUCCAGAGUGGAUGAAUACAAGAAGUGGAGGAAAGAAGUUGGUGAUAAUCAGUGAGCUCUAAAGCUGGUAAUCUGAGUUUGCCCUCAGGGUGAGGCCACCUGGGGCAGGAGCCAGAGAACCUGGAGGCUAGACUCUGAGGCUUCCUUUCCCCACUUGAAAAUGGAAGUGUCCAGGUUGACUUGUCAGGUCUCUUUCUGCUGUGACCUUCUGCUUGGACUUACCAGUUUUCCUGGAUGGACUAGGUCCCUUCACUUGAGAUGAUACAGGACUAAGCUGAGGCCUGCGUCCGUUUUUCUGGAGAUGGUGACACAGGGCUAGGACUUCCGGGACAGAUUCAAUUUUGAGAGGCUAGGCGUUCUAUGCUGGGGUCCCUGCAUAAGCAAAGGCCUAGAGGCCAGGUCUAUCUGGAGCUGAGAAUGGGCAUUGGGGGCCCCCAGUAGGUGAGGAGGUGCAGGCAAAGUUGGUCAUCCUUCAGGGUCAGAUGUAUUUUGGGGAUCCCCCACAUGCCAGCUGCAGAGGGCCUCCGAUACCAGGCUGGUGUGAGGGUUGCCACAUGCCAUGUGUGUGUGUGCACGCGCGAGGCUUGUGGUCACGUGUGCUGGGGGCUGCACGUGAGUGUCAGUGUCUCCCCAUCAUGAACAUUGGGGGUGGUGGUGAGUCACAGACUCAGCCUUCAGUGCCAACUGUCAUGUUCUUUCCCCCCAAAUUUCACCCCCCCCCCCCCACUUAACUGCACCACCCACCCCCACUCCAAGAUCUGUGUCUCUGCUUGUUUCUUCCAUGCCCCUCCUGCCCUGCUCAGCUCCAAGAGGGAGGGAGUCUCCCCUCUUCUUCUGGCUCUGCCCUCCAGCUCCCUGCCCUUUCCCACUGUCUCUAUGCUUGGGUGACUCUUCUCCCCACCCACUAUCUCCGUGGGUCCCCAUGAUUUCUCUCUGCAUUAUGGAGAAUUCUAAUACUCACCACCCAUCCCUUCACCUCCACAGGAGCUAUUUCUGUUUCGGGGUGGGGGGGUUCUCCCUUUUCUCCAUGGGCCAGCUGCUCCUGCCUCAGUAGGCCUUUUGUGUCCACAUUCUGCCUUUGUGGUUUUCCUGGUGUUUAUGCGUCUCCCUCCAUUUCUGUGACCUUCUCUCACUUUCCUUGGCCCUCCUUCCUGUCUCUGUGAUGUGCAUCCUUGGUCCAGUUUCUGUGGGCCUCUCCUCCUGUCCGUGGUCUUCUCUCACCACGGACCACUCCCCAUUUCUCUUCCCCUGGGCCUCUCUCCAUCUUCCUGGGGAGCUGAGUUCACAAGCUGCCCCCUCUUCCUAUCUUCAUUGUGUGUAGGGGGAGGGGGUGCUGUCUAGGUUCACAAGCUGUUCUUGUCUCCUAGGUCCUCAGCUUGUCUCUGUGGUCUACUCCCUUGUCUUGAUGGCCCUUUUUUUUUUUUUGUCUGGGCUUUUCCCUGUCCUUGUCCUUGUGGAGUUUGUGGACCUUGGUCCACCUCUGUGGCUCUUGAUGGCUGUCUUGCUGCUUCUCUGCAUUUUUCUUCAUCUCUAGGGCCCUUUCCCCCCACCUCCAUGGCCUUCUCCCCAAGUCUCCCUGCCUGUUGUCUCCGUGGGCUCCUGUGCCCAAGGGCUGCCUGGGCAGGGCGGUGGCAUGGUGUGGUGGAGGGGGCGGCCCAGGGGUGGGCCCUCCAUCCUAUGCAGCGCCUUCCCCUCAUCAGCAUUCUCCUUGCGGGGGGGCCCCCUAGCCUGGACCAAUACAGGCUCCCCCUCCCCCAACUCCCCUCCCUUCGGUCUCUCUCUCCCUGCCUCCCUCCCUUCCUCCUGCCCGCCCUCCUCCCUGUCUCCCUCCCUCCCUCCCUCAUCUCUCUCCCCCCGCCCCCCUGCGCUCCAGGACCCAGCGCGGGCGGCAGGCGGGCGGGCGGACAGGCAGGCGGCGGCCUCGGAGGGGAGAAGUGGCGGUGGCGGUGGCGGUGGCGGCGGUAGCAGUGGCGGCCAGCAGCAGGGAGGCAGGCCCAGCUGGGAACCCGGAGCCGGUGGCUGCUCCUCACAGGGGACCAGGAGUCCGUGGCCAGGCCCUCCCGCCGAGGCCCUGCACUGGGCGCCUCCGGGACACCCCACCCUCCUUCGCCUUCCUCUUCCACCUGCUCCUCUUCAUCCUUCCCUCUCUCCUCCUGUCCCUCCUCCCCAUCUCUCCACCUCUCCUGCCCCUUCGUUGGCUCUCCGGGUCUCCCAGCACCCUAUCGUCCCCAGCCCCUCCACUCCUCAGCCUCUCCCCGCCCCCAGCAUGCUUUCCCGUGAGGGCUGAGGGCUUGAGGACUCCAGGCCCUAGCCUCCUCCAGGAGGGCAGGGCCGGGGAUCCAGGGGGGAGGGGGGAAGGGGUGGCCCCCUCCCCCCCACCAAGCCCUCCCCUCCCCCACUUCUCCUGAUGGCCGGCUUCCUUGUCUCCACCCAGUCCUCGCCCCCAGAGGCCCCCCCAGGCCGGCCCGGCUAGGGGAGGGGGUGGGGGCCCUUGCCUGGGCCGGCUUCCCCCUCCCCCGGCUCUGCCUGUGCCCCCUCCCUUGCGUUUUCACCUUCCUCCCUCCUUUCCUCCCUCCUUCUCCUCCAUUUGCUCCUUCCCCCUCUCUUCUCUCCCCUUCCCUCCUCCAUUUUCUCCUUUCCCCUUUUUCCCCUCCCCGGCCCACCCUCUCCUCUUCCACCUGUCCUUCCUCACUGUUCCCGGGGAGCCCCUGUUUUGGAUUAGUUGGGGGCCAUUACCGGAGGCGGGGGAGGGGGCCCUGUGGACUGCCCUCUCCCCCCGCCCCAGCCACACCACCCAGUGCCAGAGCAUCUCCUCGUUGUCGUUCCUCGGGCCUCGAGGGAGCCCAGCCCUCCGUCCCACCAGGAUCCGUGGCGAGUGGGGGCCGCGGCAGCUGCGUCCCCAUGAGGAGGGGAGGAAGAUGCCGGCUGAGCUGCUGCUGCUGCUGAUUGUUGCCUUCGCUAGCCCCAGCUGCCAGGUGCUCUCAUCACUGCGCAUGGCUGCCAUCCUGGAUGACCAGACAGUGUGUGGCCGUGGUGAACGGCUGGCCCUAGCCCUGGCCCGGGAGCAGAUCAAUGGGAUCAUCGAGGUCCCAGCCAAGGCUCGUGUGGAAGUAGACAUCUUUGAGCUGCAGCGGGACAGCCAGUACGAGACCACGGACACCAUGUGUCAGAUCCUGCCCAAGGGGGUCGUGUCUGUCCUGGGACCAUCCUCCAGCCCUGCAUCUGCCUCCACCGUGAGCCAUAUCUGUGGGGAGAAGGAGAUCCCUCACAUCAAGGUGGGUCCUGAGGAGACACCCCGCCUUCAAUAUCUUCGCUUCGCGUCUGUCAGCCUGUACCCCAGUAACGAGGACGUCAGCCUGGCAGUCUCCCGAAUCCUCAAGUCCUUCAACUACCCCUCGGCCAGCCUCAUCUGCGCCAAGGCCGAGUGCCUGCUGCGAUUGGAGGAACUGGUGCGUGGCUUCCUCAUCUCCAAGGAGACGCUGUCGGUGAGGAUGCUGGAUGACAGCCGGGACCCCACGCCGCUGCUCAAAGAGAUCCGCGAUGACAAGGUGUCCACCAUCAUCAUUGAUGCCAACGCAUCUAUCUCCCACCUCAUUCUCCGUAAGGCCUCAGAGCUGGGAAUGACCUCAGCAUUUUACAAGUACAUCCUCACCACCAUGGACUUCCCCAUCCUGCACCUGGACGGGAUCGUGGAGGACUCCUCCAACAUCUUGGGCUUCUCCAUGUUCAACACCUCUCACCCCUUCUAUCCCGAGUUUGUGCGCAGCCUCAACAUGUCCUGGAGGGAGAACUGUGAAGCCAGCACCUACCCCGGCCCUGCGCUGUCGGCUGCCCUGAUGUUUGACGCCGUGCAUGUGGUGGUGAGCGCCGUCCGGGAGCUGAACCGCAGCCAGGAGAUUGGCGUGAAGCCGCUGGCCUGUACGUCGGCCAACAUUUGGCCCCACGGGACCAGCCUCAUGAACUACCUGCGCAUGGUAGAGUAUGAUGGGCUGACUGGGCGGGUCGAGUUCAACAGCAAAGGGCAGAGGACCAACUAUACCUUGCGCAUCCUGGAGAAGUCUCGUCAGGGCCACCGUGAGAUUGGAGUGUGGUACUCUAACCGGACUCUGGCCAUGAAUGCCACCACCCUGGACAUCAACCUGUCACAGACACUGGCCAACAAGACGCUGGUAGUCACGACCAUCCUGGAGAACCCAUAUGUCAUGCGCCGGCCCAACUUCCAGGCCCUGUCGGGGAACGAGCGCUUCGAGGGCUUCUGCGUGGACAUGCUGCGGGAGCUGGCCGAGCUGCUGCGCUUCCGCUACCGCCUGCGGUUGGUGGAGGAUGGGUUGUAUGGGGCGCCUGAGCCCAAUGGCUCCUGGACUGGCAUGGUCGGCGAGCUCAUCAACCGGCAGAAGGCAGACCUGGCUGUGGCUGCGUUCACCAUCACAGCUGAGCGGGAGAAGGUCAUCGACUUCUCCAAACCCUUCAUGACCCUGGGGAUCAGCAUUCUCUACCGAGUGCACAUGGGCCGCAAGCCUGGCUACUUCUCAUUCCUGGACCCCUUCUCCCCUGCUGUGUGGCUCUUCAUGCUUCUUGCCUACCUGGCCGUCAGCUGCGUCCUGUUCCUGGCCGCCAGGCUGAGCCCCUACGAGUGGUAUAACCCGCACCCCUGCCUGCGGGCGCGACCCCACAUCCUGGAGAAUCAGUACACGUUGGGCAACAGUCUCUGGUUCCCCGUGGGGGGCUUCAUGCAGCAGGGCUCGGAGAUCAUGCCCCGGGCGCUGUCCACGCGCUGCGUCAGCGGAGUCUGGUGGGCCUUCACUUUGAUCAUCAUCUCCUCCUACACGGCCAACCUGGCCGCCUUCCUCACCGUGCAGCGCAUGGAGGUGCCCGUGGAGUCGGCUGACGACCUGGCAGACCAGACCAACAUUGAGUAUGGCACCAUCCACGCUGGCUCCACCAUGACCUUCUUUCAGAAUUCACGGUAUCAGACGUAUCAGCGUAUGUGGAACUACAUGCAGUCAAAGCAGCCAAGCGUAUUUGUCAAGAGCACAGAGGAGGGCAUUGCUCGCGUCCUCAACUCCCGCUACGCCUUCCUGCUCGAGUCCACCAUGAACGAGUACCACCGGCGCCUCAACUGCAACCUCACCCAGAUCGGGGGCCUCCUCGACACCAAGGGCUACGGCAUCGGCAUGCCGCUGGGCUCCCCAUUCCGGGAUGAGAUCACACUGGCCAUCCUGCAGCUUCAGGAGAACAACCGGCUGGAGAUCCUGAAGCGCAAGUGGUGGGAAGGGGGCCGAUGCCCCAAGGAGGAGGACCAUCGAGCUAAAGGUUUGGGCAUGGAGAACAUUGGCGGCAUUUUUGUUGUGCUCAUCUGUGGCCUCAUCAUUGCUGUCUUUGUGGCUGUCAUGGAGUUUAUAUGGUCCACGCGGAGGUCAGCAGAGUCUGAAGAGGUGUCCGUGUGCCAGGAGAUGCUGCAGGAGCUGCGGCACGCUGUGUCCUGCCGCAAGACAUCGCGUUCCCGCCGGCGCCGGCGCCCGGGCGGCCCGAGCCGGGCCCUGCUGUCGCUGCGCGCCGUCCGUGAGAUGCGCCUUAGCAACGGCAAGCUCUAUUCGGCCGGCGCGGGCGGGGACGCGGGCAGCGCGCACGGGGGCCCCCAGCGCCUCCUGGACGAUCCGGGGCCGCCCGGCGGGGCCCGGCCCCCCGCCCCCACCCCCUGCACCCACGUGCGUGUCUGCCAGGAGUGCCGGCGCAUCCAGGCCCUGCGGGCCUCAGGGGCCGGCGCGCCCACGCGUGGCCUGGGCGCCCCUGCCGAAGCCACCAGCCCGCCCCGGCCACGACCUGGCCCCGCCGGUUCCCGCGAGCUGGCCGAGCACGAGUGACCAUGGGCAGGGCCGGGCGGGCGCCUGGACUGACUCCCGCCGCCCUCGCUUCCCCAGUGGGCGAGAGACGGGACAUGUGCUCCCGCGCGCCGGACGCCGCGAUUUUGCCUUCGGUUCCCUGUGAAGUCCGAGGCCCGGCUCCGGAGCCUGCCUGCGCCCCCUAGUGGACUCGCCAGAGAGUGCCGCGGACGCCCGCACUCCGUCCCCCACUGCAGACAAGGGGAGCGCAGGAACCCAGGACUCCAGGGGCUGGGGACUGCAGGGGCUGUUCCCGGAAGCGGGAAGCAGUCCGUGGGGAGAACCUCAUUCUGGGACUGCUCAGGCUCCCCAAGACUUGAUGCAGCCCUCCCCACUUCUGGAGGAGUGGAGGGCUUCUGGGCAAAUGGGUGUCCCCUGGUGCCCCCUCGACUCUUCUCUUUCUCUCUUUUUUUUGGGGAGAAACCUCGGAAUUUCUAUGAGACCCCCCCACAGGGAGGGGGUCAGUUGGGCCCCCAUCCCUCCCCCUGCCACACUCCAGUCCCUGUUGGAAUAAAAAAAAGUACAAAACCCCAAAA